AUGGCCAGUCAGGCCCACCUGCUGCUGCCGCUGUCAUUUCUGGUUGGGCAUAGGGAUUGGCCAUUUUAUAUCCGCUUGACCAUAACGAACGUCCCUACUUUGUACCGGUCAGGAUCGACCUUGAAUAUCACGACAUCGAAACUCUAUAUUUUGACCGUCGUUGUCGAGAAGGUCUUCACUCCGUUCACAACUAGUCAGGUCUUGGUUGUUCGCGUUCUCUCGCCCCUACCCAACCAUCCGUCCCUUCUCAACUGUCUAGCCAUUUUGAAGAUAUAUGAUCCUCGAUACCUCGAAGGUCGUGAAGCCACAUACUCAUCAGACGGCUCCCUCUUGCGGAAAGAGCGUCCUUGGACCCUGGAUAAGGAGGUUUUUUUUUUUUUCGUUCCAUUCUAUUCCAUUGGGCGAAGCCCUAUGCCGGAAUUUACAUACAUAGACUAUCUACGUGCGAGUCCAAACUAUAAGCGGGGGUCUACUAAUCCGAGAGAAUGUAGUGUUAAUGAACUAGAUAAGGAGGUAGAAGCAGUGGAACAUCUCAAAGCUCAUCCCGACUGCUGGUAUUGCGACGACGUGGAUUACGAGGUGGAUUUUGAAGUACAUUUGUGCAGGAGGGCAAGCGAUAGCUGGACGCGAGAGGUCGACGCAUACCACAUCUUAGCGACUUCUUCCCUUUCGGGCUUCACCGUGCCUACAUUCUACGAGGAUGGCGAUCUGAUUCUUGAUGAAACUCGAGCUUAUAUCCCCCGCGUUAUUCUUCUGGAAUAUAUUCCAGAUGUUACAAGCGUCUCUAGUCUAGGAGACAUCAGUGUCAUCACACCAUGGCAUAUCCGCACCCUCGUCGCGACCGCGGUGAAAUUUAACGAGCUAGGAGUAAUUCAUUGGGACAUAAAUCGAGGAAACAUCUUGAUUGGUUCGAAGCGCGCAGUGAUCAUUGAUUUUGGCGAGUCCACCUCUCAGACACAGGGUGGGAUCAAGAAGUUUUCAGACGAUGAUUGGUGGUGUCAGGUGGAUGAAUCUAAAGAUCUAAUCGCAGUGAAGAGGAUGGUGACACAACCGGAUCCUACAACUGCAAAUCGGCUCGCAGAUGCACAUGAUUUCCGCAAGAUUUCCGAGAAAAUGGGGUAG